AUGGACAGUGACAGUGUCUGUAUUUGGCGCCCCCCAGUGCCGCUCCGUGGGAUCUCGGUGGAGGUGCAGGUAAAAGGCUUCGUGGCUGAUGUAUGUGCCACACUGAGGUACAAGAACACGGAGGAGAAGCCCAUAGAAGCCGUCUUUGUGUUCCCUCUGGAUCAGGACUCUGCCGUGUACAGCUUUGAGGCCACGGUGGAAGGGAAGACGAUAGUGGCAGAGCUACAGGAGAGGCAGCAGGCCCACAAAACCUAUGAUGAGGCCAUUAGCCAAGGCCAGGAAGCUUUUCUGCUGGAGGAGGAUAAGAGCUCUGGUGACAUUUUCAGCUGCAGCGUUGGGAACCUUCCCCCUGGGCAGGAGGCCGAGGUGAAACUGAGCUUCGUGCGGGAGCUGCCAGUGGAGUCAGAUGGUGCUGUGCGCUUUGUGCUUCCAACUGUCCUGAACCCCAGAUACACCCCAAAAGAUCACGACGUGAGCGUAACGGCUGCCAUCCCGCGGUUGCCCGCUGAUAAGAUCCCCUACAGCCUUGCUCUGAACGCUCACUUCCAGUCCGUCUAUGGAAUCUCCAAGAUUGAGUCCAACUGUCAGCUCGAGCCGAUCCAGUACACUGAUGGGGACAAACUGUCUGCCGAGGUGUCCCUGGCGCAAGGGCACAAGUUUGAUAAAGAUGUGGAGCUGUUGGCCUAUUACCUGCAAGCAAACACCCCCAGCGCCAUGGUGGAGGCGGGGCUUCCUGAUGCUGUGAAAGGUUCUAUCAUGGCCGACCCAGUGGUGAUGCUGAACUUCUACCCCAACAUUCCAGAGAAGGCGAACUCCGGGGAGUUUAUUUUCCUGAUGGACAGGUCUGGGAGUAUGAAUGAAAAAAUGAGAUCCGAGCAGAACGCCCCGCGCCGUAUCGACAGCGCCAAGGAGACCCUGAUCUUACUGCUCAAGAGCCUCCCCCUCGGCUGUUACUUCAAUAUCUUCAGCUUUGGCUCCGAAUUCUCUUCCAUUUUCUCGGAGAGUACGGCCUACACCCAGGAGUCCAUGGCGGAAGCUGUGAAGCUGGUGAAUCAGAUGGACGCGAAUAUGGGAGGAACCGAAAUCCUAGAACCAUUGAAAAGGAUCUACAAAACGGCUGGAAGGCCCGCUCACCCCAGACAGUUGUUUGUUUUCACCGAUGGAGAAGUCGGGAACACAAAGUUCGUUAUAGAUGAAGUAAGAAGGAACGCCCAUAAUCACCGGUGUUUUACAUUUGGUAUUGGGGACGGGGCCUCCACGGCCCUCAUUAAGGGCUUGGCCAGGGCGGCCAGUGGCACCUUUGAGUUUAUCACUGGGAAGGAGAGGAUGCAGCCCAAGGUUCUUCAGACCCUGAAAUGUUCCCUGCAGCCCAUGGUGAAGGACAUCACCCUGACAUGGAUUCUGCCUCCUGGGGUGGAGGCCAAACUGCUGUCUGGGACUCCCACUGCCAUAUUCCAAGGCCAGAAAUCCAUUGUGUAUGCCCAGCUAAAGGGCAAGGUGGAGCAGGGAACAGAAGGGCAAGUCAGCCUGGCAUACAGCUUUAAAGAUGAAAUGGUCGCCAACGUACUGCGCUUCACCCUGAAGCUCACACAAUCGGAGAGACCCACCAUGCACAGACUAGCGGCCAAGGUGGUCAUCUCUAACCUGAUUGGUGGGGAAAACCCAGGGGUGAAAUCGGAGGAAGUGAAGAAACAGAUUGUGGAGACCAGUGUCCAAUCCGGGGUCAUCUCUCCCCUCACGGCCUAUGUAGCUGUCAAUAAGGAAACCAAGAACCCAGUGAAAGGCCCCCCGGUCCAGAGGUCCAUCCCACUCUAUGGUGCACCGAUGGCAAUGUUUUGCAGUGUGCCAAUGCCAAGAAUGAUGCCAGGGGAGUUGGUUACUUUAUGGGAUAUUGUGUUGUGUGUUACAGAUGAGUGUUGUUAUUCCCUGGAUAUGGCACCAUGGAAUGAACUAACAGACGAUGUGUACGAGUGCGUGGAAAUUGCACCACCGAAUGAACUAACAGAAGCCAAAGCAGAACGGGCUCUGUUCCAGCUCAUCUCCCUGCAGAACGCAGACGGGUCCUGGAACCUCAACUCGGAAUUGGCUUCCGUCUUUGAAAUGUCUGAAGAGGUUUUGAAGGAAAAAAUUCCGGAUCCGAGCAUCGAUGCCUCACUGUGGGCCACUGUUCUGGCCGUGAUGUGGCUGCACGCCGCCCGCCCCCAGCAGAGAGACGAGUGGGAGUUGCUGGAGGACAAAGCUCUGGAUUGGAUUAAGGCAAAAGCAGCCCCUUCCUUGAGCGAGUGCGUCCGGGCCGGAAACCAGCUGCUGAACUGCUCCAUAGACGGAAAAGUAUUUGGCCUGUGAGAAGAAGCGGCCAAUGGAAACUGGAAUCUAAACUGGGAAAUACGUCUCUGUGUCAUUGGUACAGUUAAAGGGGAAGCUCAUCUGAACAUUAAAAAAAAAAAUGUAGGUGGUAGAACGUUACAUAAGGUUUAGUUUGUCUGCUCUGUACUGAGAAUUAAUAGGGUGAACUUGACCUUUUUAUAGCUGCUUAUUAUCUGCUGCACUAUAGUGGGGGGAACUGGAGACAAUAUUAAUAACUACUACUGGAUUUAGUGGGGGGUUCUGGUACCCUGGGCCCCUACCUCUUCCUUCUGAACACCCCCAAACCUGAGAAACGGGGUUACUAACAGCCGCACCAAAGAUUUUUCAUUUUCACUAAAAUAAAAGGAAAAAAAAA